CUAGGGGAGACAAGCUACUUCACUUGGUUGCAGGAUGUCGUCGUCGUGGGUGGUGGAUGUCGACUACCCUGAGCCGCGGGCAAACGUGGAGGGAUGGGUUGUGGACAUGGAGAAGAAGCUCGAGGACGCGGAGCCGCCGGCAAAGGUGCAGAGAUGGCCGAAGCACUGCAUCUUCCGCGUCCCAUUGCGCUUCACGAGCAAGAUGGUGGAUGGAAUGGCGAGCAGCGUAUUCAAGCCGCAGACAGUGUCUCUUGGCCCAUUCCACCACGAUGACAAGGACUUGAAACCCAUGGAGGAGCACAAGCUGAGGGCCGUCCGUCACCUCCUCCGUCGGGACCAUGCUGGUGGGGACAGCAAACUGACCCUCGGCGGGCUUGUCGCCGCCAUGGAGACGGUGGCCGACGAGCUGGAGGACGCCUAUAUGGACCUGGGUGACGAAUGGAGGGGCGAGGAGAACAGGGGCAAGUUCCUUGAGAUGAUGAUCACAGACGGCUGCUUCCUGCUGGAGGUGAUGAGGAUGGCCAUAGGGGGGAAGGGCUCCAUUCCCAAGGACUACGAGCAUGGUGACCCCGUCUUCAGCUGGCACGGCAUCCAGCACAUCGGACCAUUUGUCCAGCGCGACAUGCUCCUGGUCGAGAACCAGUUGCCACUGAGGUUGCUCGAGAAGAUCGUCGCGGUGGAGGAAGGGACAUCUCCGAGCGCGGCUUCGAUAAACUCCAUGGUGCUCAAGUUCCUGGAAAGGGAAGAUGCCUCGGAAGGGACCGGCCUAGGACUCCACCCGCUCGACAUCUACCGGACGAGCCGGCUCAAGGGCACAAGUCAGGUCAAGAAUAACGGCAAGGGUCUUCAAAGAGGCGUGAAGAUGACGUCGGCGCCAACGGAGGUCGGCAUCUUUCGUUCGCAGAAAGUGGUUCCCCGAUCCGCAUGGAAGCUAUCGGAGGCAGGAAUCCGAUUCCUGCCCAGCAAGACAGGCUGCCUCGACGACAUCGAGCUGGACAACGGGAGGCUCUACAUGCCCAAGGUCCAUAUGGACGACUCCACCGCUUACAGGAUCCACAACAUGAUGGCGUUCGAGGCGAUGCACGUUCGCACCGGGAACGACGUGACGGCGUAUGUGCUGUUCGUCAAGGACCUCAUCAGCUCUGCCGACGACGUGCGCCUGCUAGGGAGGAAGGGGAUCCUGGAGCAUGACCUUGCCGAUGACGACGACGCUGUGGUGAGACUCUUCAACAGCCUCACCAGAGAUGUGUCCAAGAAUUGGGAGAGUCAUCUGUGCCGCGUGCGUGACGCCGUGGAGCACCACUACACCAGCAACCAUCUACGUGUCUUCCUCUAUGAGUCGUGGUCACACCUCAAGAGCAAGUACUUCAGGAACCCGUGGUCGCUGCUCGCCCUUGUCACUGCAAUCUUGCUCGUCAUCGGAGACAUAGUGCAGGCCGUGUAUGCAGUCAUAUCGUAUGAUCCUAACGAGGGCAAGCCCAAAAUACAUUAACCAGGAAAUGUUUCUCCUUUUUGCAAAGAAUAAAAAGUGAAAUAAAACCAGAA